GCUGGGAGCAGAGCAUGCCGGGCAGACUCGGAAAUGGUGCCUGCCUGCUGAGGCGGAACUGUGUUAGUUUCCGUGUACAGUAAAAGAUGCGAGCAGGUUGAGAUUUUUGUCACCAGUCGUCUACUGGUGUUUGCCACGUUACCUGGGAUAAGUAGUCGAAAUGCGAAAAUUGCACAGGUUUCAUUGAAGAUCUCUUCGCUGCUUAGGAGACGUGAUAUAAAAUACACACAAUAACCAUGGCAAACGAACAUGCGAGCAUCCUGUUCAAGCUGUAUUGCCUGACAGUGAUGACACUGGUGGCAGCGACCUACACUGUGGCAUUGCGUUACACGAGAACAGUUUCAUCGCAAUUGUACUUCUCCACCACCGCAGUGUGUAUCGCUGAAAUUAUUAAGCUCUUCAUAAGUGUUGGGCUUCUAGUCAAAGAAACUGGAAGUGUUGGCAGUAUGCUGUCCUCAAUCAGAGAACAUGUAUUUGGAAGUCCCAAAGAGCUGCUCAAGCUGAGUGUCCCAUCUCUAGUAUAUGGCAUUCAGAACAAUAUGGCCUUCGUGGCACUAAGCAAUCUCGACGCAGCUGUGUACCAGGUGACGUACCAGCUGAAGAUCCCGUGCACAGCUCUCUGCACUGUGCUCAUGUUGAACAGGUCUCUCAGCAAGCUGCAGUGGUUUUCUGUCUUCAUGUUGUGUGGAGGGGUUGCAUUAGUCCAGUGGAAACCUGCAGAGGCAUCCAAUAUUCAGGUUGAACAGAGCCCCUUAUUAGGUUUUGUCGCUAUUGCAAUUGCUGUUUUGUGCUCUGGAUUUGCAGGCGUCUACUUUGAGAAAGUCCUGAAGAGUUCCGACACGUCUCUGUGGGUGCGGAACAUUCAGAUGUACCUGUCCGGGAUUGCAGUGACGCUGGCAGGAGUAUAUAUGACUGAUGGAGCCCAGGUGAUUGAAAAGGGCUUUUUCUAUGGCUACACGCCGUGGGUCUGGUUUGUCAUCUCUUUGGCCAGUGUUGGUGGUUUGUACACAUCGGUGGUUGUGAAGUACACCGAUAAUAUUAUGAAAGGGUUUUCUGCUGCAGCUGCCAUCAUUCUUUCUACCAUUGCGUCUGUGAUCCUCUUCGGUUUACAAAUCACUGUGAGCUUUGCCACUGGUGCCUUGCUUGUGUGUGUUUCUAUAUACAUGUAUGGCUUACCGAAGCAAGACACAACAAAACUUAGAACAGACGAAAGCUCCAGUACGUCCAAGGAGAAGCUGCUAGCUGUGUGAGCUCAUCCGGAGCGCUGGGGGAGUGGAUACAUGAGUCAGACGCUCGGGAGUCUCCAGCAGGAACGGGUUUCUCUUUACAAACUGCAGAGGACACAGUACUGCGGCAAUGUAAUGAUCUUCAACAGAAUCACUAGACUUUUGUUCUCCGGAUAAAGGCUGAAAAGGUUUCCGGCACAGAUGACAUAACACUGAUUACCAUAUGUUGAGAAUUAUUGAUGUUGUUAUGAUUAUUUUAAUUAUUAUUUUAAUAUGAAGGUGAAAAGACCAACUAUACAAUGGUCCAGAGGUUUAAAUCACUUUUAAGCAUGCCACUUAACAGUUAAAUACUUGUACUGGUGUUGGUUUUGCCAUUUCUUAUUUGAGCCUGAAAGUAAUACAUGAAACCCUUGCCAGAAGUGAGAAGCAUGUAAGAGCAUUUUAAAAACGCAUUCACACAUCCAUCCUGUUUCCUGUAGAUAGGUACAAUUAAAAACACAAAUACUAGAGAGAACGUCUCCAGUAUGGUUUCAUGUAUCAAUAAACAGUGACAUAUAUAUUUUUUUUAUAAAUGAUCAUGUGCGUUUACAGGUAUUAAGUAUUUAAAUAUUUUUUGCUUUAAAACAUUGCAUAGAAGCAGUAAGACAAACCCAGGGGUGUGAUUGACACAGUGUGAGUUAUGCACUGUGUCUGUGUGGAGUGCGCAUAACGUUGUUCCGUGGCUGUGAUUUUAAGAGGCAGCCCCCAAUACCGCUGGAAUUUUUUUUUUCACUAAAUAGUGUCACAAUUGCAGACAAGCUAGUUAGAAAAGAGCUGCUUUACUGUGGACUUGGAAUCAUUCUGCAUGUGUUGUGCUUUGCAGAAUAUGGGCCAGAAACUGUACUGUCAAUAACAAUAGAUUACAAGUUCAAAAUGAUUCAAAUUAAACUUGAAAUGGUUUUAAACUACAAAACACGAGCUUGGUAAUGAUGCAAGCUAUGCAGUGAGGGAAAGAAAAACUAAAUGUGUUAAGAUUUGAAGGGAAGAAAUACUGCCCGAUCCUCCCCUCCAUGGUACAAGGCCAGGGCUUCUGUUUUUAUUUCAUGUUCUGUUUUGCACACAUUUGAGAAACACUAGUUGAAUAACAAGGUACUAUUUACAAAGCUCCAACUUCUUUCUUCUAAAACGUGCCUUUAUCGCAGAAGCAACCUUGAUGAUGUGGUUUAAAUAAAUAUUUCUGUUCCUCUCCAAACUGUCUGCUCCUAGAUUUCAUUGUGCAACAUCUGUGCAUGAAGACCUGUUAAUUUGCUCUAUGCAGGAAGAGCAGGCAUACUGAAUACUGAGCGUCAAGAGAUUAAAGACGACUGGUUGUGCUCUCUCACCUGAAAUUGGAUCCGCUCCCCUCAUUACCACCCAGUCUCCAAACAGGAUCAGGAAAAUUAAGGACAAUAUGGCACAAUUGUAGAUGGACUUUGAUUUAUUAUUAUUCAUAAAGGCAAUGAUAAAUUGAUAAAUACAAGCAUCACCAGCAAUUAAAGAAACUAAACUUGCAGCAUAUAUCAACAACGCGUUCAGUUCAAUUCCCAGUUUAUCUGAAGACUAUGACUGCUGAUUUUAUGGUUCCAUUUAUUGAGAGGGUAAAAGAUAGUGAUAGUUUGAUAGUGAUGUUGACUUUAAGAAACUUACUUCCUGCCUGCCCUUGUUGCUAUAGAAACUAGUUUUAAAAAACAUAAACCACCAUACUAUUUAGGGGCUAACCAGUUAACCAGGCCAUGUGCUUGAGGAGGCAGCUUUCCUGGGGUAUAUCGGGAGUAGUUUUCAAUAUACUUAAUGUAAAACUGACAAAAAUUGAAAAAUGUGACCUUUCAAAAUCUAACAUGAAAUAACUACUGCUAUUAUGGCUUCCGGUAGACUUGCAAUAUUAUUUUAUAGUUUCUUUGGAUUACAUGAUAUUAAAUAAAGGAUCUAAAUUAUG